GCAACAGAAAACGAUUGUCAAGGAGAUUAUGCAGAAGCCAAUUCAAACGAAUUGCAAUGCAUGUCAUGUAUUGAUGAAGUUAACAAACGUGUUGGAGACAUCAACAUUCAACAAAUUCUGGAUCCCGAUUGCGAUCCAGCGACCAAUUUGGUUAGAAGUGGAAAUCCGAUUAUAAGCGGAAAUCAAAAAUCUCUACGGCCAACCAAUCCAAUUAAAAUGCUUCCUGCACUAUCUUUGCGCAGGGAUACUUUUUGUCGAGGUGACUAUUAUAACUAUGCAACACUCUGGGCCAAUGAUGAAAACGUUAUGGAAGCACUUAACGUACGCAAGGGAACAGUGAAGGAAUGGUUGCUAUGUAAUUUGGACAUGAAAUACAAUUAUGGUGAACCUUCAAUGCCAUUGUAUGAGUUCAAUGUCAAAAGCAGUGUUGUCUACCACGAAAAGCUAAGUAAGAGAAACUGUCGAGCUUUGAUUUUCAGUGGAGAUCAYGACAUGAUGGUGCCACAUGUGGGCACACGUAAUUGGAUAAAUUCUCUUAAUUUGASGAUCACAGAGAGUAAUUGGGAUGCAUGGUAUAGUAAUGGUCAAACCGCAGGAUACAAAACCACAUACGCUCGUGAUAAUUAUUCUUUAGUAUUUGCUACUGUAAAGGGAGCGGGUCAUACAGCUCCAGAGUUCAAACCAGAAGAAUGUUUUCAAAUGGUUAAGAGGUGGUUUGCUAAUGAACCUAUCUAAACCAACAAUAUAGUGUUCUCUAAAUGAGAUAUUCAAGAUUCAUUGUAGGGUUUGUUUGAAUUAGCUUAUUUUAUUGCACGAUUCGUUGGUCAUUCAAUAGUGAAGGUGAUCUUGUAGUAUUUGAUUUGUUUCAGUGUUUUAAUUUGUUAUAGAUAUAUUAAUAAUAUUUGAUUGAUUUCAAUAAAUUGAGAA